AUGAAGCACCUCGCAGCCUACCUCCUCGUCGCCCUUGCUGGCAACGAGAGCCCCUCUGCUUCCGACAUUAAGGAGGUUCUGUCCUCCGUCGGUGUUGACGCUGACAACGAGCGCCUCGAGAAGCUCAUCGCUGAGCUCCAGGGCAAGGACAUCAACGAGUUGAUCGCUGAGGGUACCACCAAGCUCGCUUCCGUUCCCUCUGGCGGUGGUGGUGGUGCUGCCGCCCCCGCUGCUGGUGGCGCUGCCGCCGCUGAGGCCCCUGCUGCUGAGAAGGAGGAGGAGAAGGAGGAGUCCGACGAGGACAUGGGCUUCGGUCUCUUCGACUAA